AUGCCUCCAAAGAAGCCGCCCUUGCAGGCCGACCCAGCAGCGGUCGCGAAAGGGUUGAAAGAUGGAUACGACUGGUUCGAGGCCAACUUUGGGCAGGCCCUCGCCUCUCCCCAGGACCUGGACCUGCCAGCAUCCACCACUGUUACCCAUACUCCCAUCUCGAAGACCAUCGACGAGGACCAGGACGAGGACGCCGAUCUGGUCUUCUUGACGGAUCUGAUCGAGGCUGACAGGCUGGACGCAGCAACGGGGGACUCUGAGGAUAUAGACGUGAUCAGAGUCAAGGAGGGGGAAUUCGAGGAUGUGGACGUGAUCGGAGUCAAGGACAUUUCCACAUUCGAUUUCGAAGCCAAGAUCAAGGCGUUGAACCACGACGCUGUGCAGUGGUUGGACCAGGCCGAGACGACUGAGGAGGGGCGUCAGAUGGCGAAGAAGGCAUAUCCUACUGUGUGCAGACUCAUGGCCAACCACCCGGCUUUUGAUAUCAAUGAGGACGGCAUGCUUGUCAAGACCACGGCAUUCCACUCAUCGUUCCCGGAAGCGCUCCUCCUCAUUGACCACCGCCGAAGCUUGCAGUUAUAUGAGCAUCUCCAUGCAGUCGCUUUCUCGCUGAACCCCAAACUUGGACGAGCCUACAGCAACCUAGAUCCCAACACGUACUUGACAUCGACCACGUUGCUAGACUGCGGCAUCGAAGCGGAGGAAGGACCAGGAAUCUACACGUACUCGUGGGCCAAGGUUCCCAAGAAUUACAUUGGCAAAUCCGUCCAUCCUCGCAAGAGGCUAGAUGAACAUCGGAGGGGAGCAGCGUCGACCGGUGUCAAUCGCUACGUUCGCUAUGCCAAAGAGACCUGGCCUGUCGCUACGUGGAAAACCGCUGUCAUCUUGGUGUUUCCUCCGGACUGCCCUCAGGGAAUCCUCAGCGCUAUGGAGACUUCGGUCAUCGCUGUUCACGGGUCCACUCUUCCACCAUCGCCUGCUCAGCUCAACAUCGUCGAUAGACUUCGCCUGGUCCGCAGUCCCAUGUCCGACGUUCAACUGGCUCAACUCUGUCAGCUCGUCGCCGAGAAUCAAGCACCUCCCGUUCCAUUGAGUGACAAGGAGACGUGGUACAAAUCCUUUGAGAAGUUGAAUGGGAUCAACGUCAAACCCAUCCACCUUCUGCGGUUGAUGCGUAUGCCAACAGAUCUCGCUUUCGAUCGGACUAACUGGAAGAUCUCGGGGGGUUUAUUGGAGGAGAAAGUCAGGUUCCACCGUAUGCUGGUUAGCAAGGGACUUAGCAAAGCUAUCUACCCGAGGCGUAUCGCCCAGGGCAUGCAGUACGAGCAGUACGAGCGGAAGGGCAAAACGAGUACAGAUACCAACAAGUAUCCGUUGGCUGGCGUCCGUCUGUUUGUUGGCGACCAACCCCCGCUGGAUGUCAGCUGGGAAGACCAGCCGGAAGAGGAGGAUAGGGCCGAUUAUAUACGCAUCUCUAGGUCGAGAAUCAAUAGCGCGUGGCAUGCAUGUCAUGCGCCGUGCGCCAAAGGCCGCUCGCCUGCUCCCAAAACGUGUAGUCGCGGCCUCGGCCGAGGCGGUCGACGUUGCGGGAAGGCGAGCGAGCGGGUGACCUUAUGCGCUGCGGCUCACUCUGUAUUGUUAUUCGUUGUGGCUGAGCACUCUACGGACCUCGAUGAUCAUUUUCAUGUUCUGCCACUGUUUGACAGGCGUACUCUAGUUUUUCAAGAUCCUCAAGCCACUUGGCCGCGCUUUGGUUUACUGGGUCUGAGGCAUCAGACUGCCGACCACUUGUACCAUAUUAUCAUACGACUCAAUGUCCCGAUACAGGAUCGCUAUACAGGUUCAGGUCGAGGGCUGCGGCCAACGAUCUCCACGAAGAAGAUUGAGCUUCACAGUACCGCCAUCAUCGGCCCAUUCGAAUCACUCACAGUGCUAUCGCGUGUGUCUAGUAUCCCAGCGUUUGACCUAUUGGCCCGUCUCCGGAUGUCACGCACGCCUGGUUCGAAAGCCAUGUGGGCGAUCUCAGGCCAGCAAAUUGCCUGGGCCGCUCAGCGAGCACGACGUUUGAAUAAUCUGAUGAAGAAUGUCAAUCGAGUCUUCAUGCGAUUGACCAAAGGCUAUCAAACACCCGCCAAAUCUUCGACAAUCGGCAAAAUGCCACCAAAAUCCAAGGCCAAGGUCAUCGAAGAUCUCAAGAAGCUCAGCGAACAUUGCGAGGCCCACCGUAACAAAGCCGCUAAUUGUAGCGAAUUCUCAAGCACGGGCGAGCCUGACCUUCCUGAAGCGGUAGCACUGCUGUGCGUAAUGAAGAGUAGUGGAACCGACUAUGUACAUGGCACCCGAAGACCGAAUAUCCACUACAAGUUCAACGAAGGGGAUUACGAUAACAUGGAGGAGUUGAAUACCGCUGCCAGAUCACGGGUUAUAGAACGUAUCGAGAACGUCUUUGGCCCCCACGGCUACAAUAUUCCCAUGCCGGCAGUGCGUUACUGUAUACACCAUGGCCCCCACAACUCGAUCCAUCAACUAGCGAGGGCAUGCAUGAUGCUGGAGAUGACCCACGAGCCCUCGUCUGAAACGGCGUAUGCAACCUGCAAGGACGACUUCUUGGAUCCAUCCCUCGAUGACUCUGAAGCAGGAGAACAGAAGAAGCCGGCCAGUGCUACCGGGACGACUGUAUUUUCUGAGGACCAGGUCAACACAGGAUGUGCCACUUUGCGACGUAUUUGCGGUUAUUUUGGAAUGUCGUCAAUCCAGUUUGGAAGAUACAUCCUUGUUGGUAAUCGGGAUCAGUACAAGGACCAUAUCAAAGGAGCUUCGACAUAUGCUAUUCUCUACGACAUCGGAUUAUUGCCACGAGAUGAUGCCUCGGCAGCAUGUUUGGCUCCGAACGCCCUGGUAACUGCCGUUGCUACAAAAUUUCUGCGAGACGAGGUUGUCCGCUUGGCAUUUGAUCUGGCCGCAGCCGAUUUUCUAGGUCAAUACAGAAGCUCAGUGAGGGAUCCCAUCGGAAAUCCUACCCACUAUCACGCGCUUCGAAAUGCGAUCAUGGCAAGCAAAGGCUAUGACAGUUGGGCGGACUUCAUCACGGAUGCAAGACGAGACCAGUACAUCGUACAAUCCCAGCAACAAGAUAUAUUUUCAAGGACAUUCCGUGAUCUUCCCGACAUUCUGCACUCCUAUGGAGAGUUCAACUCGGCAAUGUCAAGAUUCAUCCAGAAGGCUUGUCGUCUGCCUCCACUCACCCUUCAAUACUCAACCUUAGAUAUGGAGAUCGUUGACAGAUACUGGCUUGGCGGAUACUCGGCAGCGCACGCUCUAUGGCGGCUCAGCAUUCUGACUGGCAAGCAGGAAAUCAGAAUGCAGCAAUUUCUGGUCUAUUAUGCCAAGCGAUGGACCUUUGGUGCAGAUGGACGGCGAGUGAUUGACAAUCGGGUCCAGGCCAAGCAACAGGUGGGUAUUUCUCCCUACCAAGGGUCUCUAGUAUGUUAUUGA